UGUUAUCGAGUCACAUGAAAGUACUUUUGAGCAUAGUAAUUUAAAAGCGGAUUUUUAAUAAGAUAAUGGGUGCCACAAUGGUAAAGCCUUUGGUUAAGAAUGGGAAUUUAUUGGAUGCGUUGCCCUCACAGGUAGCAACCCUACAUGUAGUUAUGUUAGGUCUGGAUUCUGCAGGUAAAACAACGGCAUUAUAUAGACUGAAGUUUGAUCAAUAUUUAAAUACUGUCCCUACUAUUGGCUUUAAUUGCGAAAAGGUACAAGGUACUAUUGGCAAGGCAAAAGGAGUUAAUUUCCUAGUUUGGGAUGUGGGUGGACAAGAAAAACUGAGACCACUUUGGCGAAGCUAUACACGCUGCACAGAUGGCAUAUUGUUUGUUCUUGAUUCUGUAGACAGAGAACGAAUGGAAGAAGCAAAACUGGAACUAUUGCGCACAGCAAAAUGCCCUGAUAACCAGGGUGUUCCGGUGCUGAUAUUGGCAAAUAAGCAAGAUCUUCCUAACGCGUGUGGUGCAAAGGAGCUGGAAAAACUUUUAGGCCUGAAUGAACUUUAUAACCCUAUGCCGAAUGUAUCAACACUACCUAAUUCCGAAUCUUCCUCCAAAAUUAAUUUAAUCGGCUCUAGCAUCUUAAACCAAAGUAUUACAGAAACAUCGUUGAAAGAACACAAAACGCGUCACUUGCAUUCAUCAAUGAUCCACAUAAACCCCGCUCUUGAAGGUAAGGAUGACAAAUCCUCGAUUGGCGGAGGAGCAUUCCCAACAUUCAUAUAUCCCCAUUCGUGCAAUAAUUCUGACGUGGUUCAAAAAAAUCAGAGAGACGUUAAAACUUGCUUUCAUAGUAUUAAACAUAGCAGGGUUUCUUCCAACGGCAUGCAAUUCAGUGGGUGGUAUAUACAACCAACCUGUGCUAUAACUGGCGAAGGCCUCCAGGAAGGUUUGGACGCUUUAUAUGAUAUGAUUUUAAAACGCCGAAAAAUAAACAAAUCGUAUAGAAAAAAACUGUAGCAAUUAUUAUCGACUGUGACUAAUUGUCAGUAUUUCUCGAUUGUCUUAGCUUUAGCACAAUUAAAUACAAAAUGCACAAUUAAGUUAUGUUUUAUUGGUCUGUAAUUUAAAUAUUUAAAAUAAAAAAAAUUUGAAUUAAAAUAUUUUGAAAAGUUA